AUGCGUGACAUCAGAGUGCUUUGUUUUUUUUUUUCCUUUCGGUAUGUACCGACCUAUUUUGUGCUGCAAGUUACGGAGAAGGCUUCAAAGACCACGUUCCUUUCCAGGGAAGUUUUCGUGGACGUCAUCACCCCUUUCGGGGCCACCACGACACGGACCAUCCAGGUGUUCUCUUUGCCGCCAAAGAAUGCGACUGCCAUCAUCAACAGAAAGAUGGAUGAAGCCAGAACGUCGGACCCGGAAACGGCUGUGAAUACUCUCAUGACCAUCAUCAACAUCAACCAGGCGCCGCCGUUGCCUCCCGGUGUUGACCCUGCACCUGAAGAUACAGCAGUGCUUGAGCAGGUCCGCGAAGUGAUGAUCCAGGCCACAGCGGCCGCCCCGGUGACCAUGAACACGGCCACGAAUCAGGCCGUCGUGACCAACGCGCUGAUCGACCAGGGUUUGAAGGACGUUGAGUCCAUGAAUCUCCUCGAGGACCUGGUGCAGAGGUCGGCAUCUGCAGGCCUCUUCGACAUCAACGACCCCUCCUUGAUCACGACCGCCCUGGUCGCCAUUGGCAAUAUCCUCCCUGACGAUGGCGCCCCGACGGCGGCGGCACCAAUUGGCAGGAGCGUCGGCAUGCAAGCGUACAGCAUGGUCAGCCCACUUGAAGAGCUCACUUAUGAGUACCAAACCGUGCGCGCCAGUGACGAGGAGCUCAUCGCCAGUCAAGUGCUCAGCACCAUCAACGGACGCCAGCCGCAGAACCACCCUUUGCCAUUCAGAAAUGAGCGUGUGAUCGAAAAGUGCGAGUCGGCCUACUGCGACAUGAUCUGGCUGCUCUGCAUCCAUCAGGACGGAAGGAGGACCCUCAAGUUCAUGUGCUGCGAUGCGCCUAACCCUGCCACCUUCUGUGACAACCCGCCGUGCUGGUUCUUCGGCAACAGGUGUCCCGACACGGGCACUGGCAGCUUGGAGUCUCCCUCUGCCUCGGCGGCUGCGCUGGCUGCUUCACGAAGGCUGAAGGCGCUGGAGAACAUGACGGAGCGACACCUCCAAGCAAUCACCACGUCUAUACCGACACCAGCGCCAAUAUCUGGCGCGGGGGCUUUGCUGGUGAACCUGGAGAAUUCCGAAAUUCCGAUCCUGAACGACGUGCGAGUUGCGAUCCAGCGCCAGGAGAUCGAGAAGGAAGCGAAGCUGAGAGCCUCGGCGCAGAUGGAGGCCAAGGGAUCACAGUUGUCCGAGAACCCGAAAGAAAUUUCUUUUGAAAGCUUAGAAGCAGGGGACAUCUGCAAUUUCGAAAGCCUUCCCGAGUGGUGUUUCCUUGCAGCCUCUUGUACAGGUUGCAGCAUGAGUGUUCUUGCCGAGAUCGCAUACUGGCCGGACGAUGACCAGUGGCUGCCGGCUCACAUUUCUGCGAUCUACGACGACGGAUCGCUGAGCAUCACUUGGGAGGACGGCUCCCUCAGUGAUGUGACCGCGGACUUUAUCCGCAAGCCCGCCACGGAGGAGGAGCUUGCGGAAGGCGGAGCAGAUGGUGUUCAAGAGGUGACCGAGGCGGCUGGCGACAUGGACGCGCUCCUCGCGGCUGCAGAAGCCGCGGGCGCCUGCGCCGCAGCGGAGGACUUCGUCGCUGGGUCCCGGCCACCGAGCGCUUUGUACUGGUCCAACACCCUCAAAGGCGAGGCACCCAAGGAUGAGGAUGCCGAGGAUGAGCGAAAACGAUACAGGCCCACAGGCCUCAUGAGCUCGGAGGAGGCCCGGAAGCUGGCCCUGGAGGCCAAGAAAGCACGGACCAAGUGA